CGAAGUUAACUUCGAAGCUUCAAAUAUUCGAAUGUCGAAGUCUUCGAGGGAAAUCAUCAGCACUAAUCGGUAUAGAGAAAACAAGUUAGCAGAGCGAUGGUAGGGCAAGUUAAAGUUACGUGGAGUCCAAAGUAGUGAUUCACUUGGUAUCAAGCUCUCAGUUAAUACAGAAGCAAGAGACCGCUGAUAAUUCUGAAGGAGAGAUUGAGGCUCGGAGAAAGAGGGACCGAGGAAUCAGGCUGAUUAGACAAGGAGAUUAUCGAUAAAGUAGCAUCGGGAGACUGAGGAAAGCCAUAGCUUGAGUGAAAUUGUACAACGACAAUAUUGUGAAAAUGUGGCUGUUUCAUAGUCAGUGCACCAGUAAAACGCGUCUCGUAGGCAAAACCGUGGUUAUAACGGGAGCAAAUACCGGAAUCGGCAAAGAGACCGCCAGAGAUCUUUAUAGAAGAGGUGCAAAAGUAAUUUUGGCAUGCCGAAAUAUAGAAAAAGCAUACGACGCACUUGAGGAUAUAAAAAACAAUCCGCCCUCGAGGCCUGACAGAGAACAGUUUCGAGGUAAUCCAGGCGAACUCGCUAUCUAUCAGUUGGAUCUCUCGAGUCUGACAAGCAUUCGAGAAUGCGCCAAGAAUUUGUUGGCAAAGGAAUCGGCCAUUCAUCUACUAAUAAACAACGCCGGCAUAUUGACGACAAAGCAAGAAAGAACCGAGGAUGGAUUUGAACUACAAUUACAAACAAACUACAUCGGUCCUUUUCUCUUAACGCUCUUGUUGCUGCCAAAAAUUCAAUCCUCUACUCCUGGUUGUAGAAUAGUGAAUGUGUCAUCGAUUAUGCAUACUUUUGGCGCUAUACACGAUGACUUAAAUUUGGAGAACUCAUACAAUCCUAUCAGAGCUUAUAUGCAAAGUAAACUGGCAAACAUAUUGUUCACCAGGGAAUUGGUUCGUCAGUUAAAAGAGACAAAUAUUGAGGGAAUAAACGUAUACUCUUUGCAUCCUGGCGUUAUAACGACCGAAUUAACUCGACAUUUUGAAAAUGCGUUUUCUAUUGUACGCUAUCUUUACGCUAUCGCGGGAUAUUUGAAGCAACCUUUCAUAAAGAAUCCUGAACAGGGAGCACAAACGACGAUAUAUUGUUCGAUAGAUGAAACAGCAGCUUAUGAAACUGGCCUCUACUACAAAGAAUGUGGCGUUGCGACUCCAACCAGACAAGCGCAAGACGACCAAAUGGCCAAAAACUUAUGGAACCGAACUUGCCUGCUUCUGGGUCUCAAACCUGAUCAAGAUCUUGCUACGCUUUUAAAAGACGUUUCACGUCUGAUCGCUGAAUAACUAUAAUAAUAUAACUAUUGAAUAAAUAUUGAUUUCACUUGUUGAGGCAAUUAACUCUUUUGAAAAGCCCGCGUUAUUAUUUUAGUUACCACCUCAUUUGUAUUUUUUGGUUGAGGGCGUUUUAUUGUUACCACCUCAUUUGUAUUUUUUGGUUGAGAGCGUUUUAUUGUCGUUUUUGUUUUCUCCUCUCCUCUUUUCUUUAGCGCUCAAGAACGUGUAAACGUAUAUUUUACAAGUCUUUGUUCAGAAAAUAUAUCGCAAUUAACCACCAUAA